UCCGGACUGGAAGGGGGUGAAAGUGUCUGGACUGGAAGGGGGGGAAAGUGUCCGGACUGGAAGGGGGGGAAAGUGUCCGGACUGGAAGGGGGGGAAAGUGUCUGGACUGGAAGGGGGGGAAAGUGUUGGAACUGGAAGGGGGGGAAAGUGUCCGGACUGGAAGGGGGGGAAAGUGUCCGGACUGGAAGGGGGGGAAAGUGUCCGGACUGGAAGGGGGGGGGAAGUGUCUGGACUGGAAGGGGGGGAAAGUGUCCGGACUGGAAGAGGGGGAAAGUGUCCGGACUGGAAGGGGGGGAAAGUGUCCGGACUGGAAGGGGGGGAAAGUGUCCGGACUGGAAGGGGGGGAAAGUGUCCGGACUGGAAGGGGGUGAA